CAGAAAAUCAAGCCAAAACAGAAAAAUAUUAUUACAUACAUUUAUCUACUGCAGAGAAGUUAUUAUGGCGUUUGAUGAAGAUAUGAAAAUGGCGUCUUUCCUUAGACAAGAAGAAGAAGAAGAACAUCACUGUUCUUUGUCAAGACUCUCCGUCUGUUGUAACUACGACGGUGAUGAAGCCGACGGAGAACCGUCUGAUUCCGACCAAAAACUUGUCGGCGGAGGAGAGAACUCGAUGGAGCAGCUAGAGUCUUCAGAUUCCGACAAAGGAUCAACGGGUUGCCAGUCGCUUCCGGCAACUCCUCCGAGGCGGAGACAGCGGCGGGGAGGAGCGGUGAGUUCGCCGGUCUCCGGAGAUAAAGCAUACGCGAGCGAGAACGAAGUGCGAAAGGAGAAAAAUGGGAGUAAUAAAAAUCAGAGGAGGAGGAGGAGACUGAGACCGGAGUAUCCGCCGUGGGUGGACAGUAUGCGGAGGAGCUACGUUGAUGAACAGAGUAGUUUUGGCGGAGGAGUGGUGGUGGUGACGAGGCCUAUAGGAGGAGGAAGGCCGUUGUGUAUGGACUUAGGGGAAGUCAAAGCUUGUAAGGAUUUAGGAUUUGAGAUUGAACCGGGUCAGGUUUCAUAUACCGGGUCAACGAUGGAUACUAGCAGUGGCGGCAACUCUCCUAUCUCCUCUAACCACCGUAUCUCCAGUCCCGGGGAUGAUCCAAAAGAAGUGAAAGCGAGGCUCAAGGCUUGGGCUCACGCUGUGGCUUUUGUGUCUACUACUCAUCAUCAUCAAUCCUCCUAAUUUUCUAUGAUCCUCAUACAAUUUGUUUUUUCAUCUUAUUCACACCAUCUUAAAAAAAAAACUUGCAUGCAUAAACUAUGUGUGUUUAAAGCUCUGUUUUUCUGUCUGUGUGUUAGACGAUGAGUUUUGGCAAUUCAUGUGGUCUCAUAAGCCAAAAGGAUAGAGUUGGAUACAACUAUAACUACUGAAGUUUGUGGAUUGAUUUCCCCCAGCAUUAUUG